GCAUGCAAUUCCGUGCUCAGGUAAAUAAGAGCAUCGCUGUCUUGAAGCAAUGUCUCGUUCAUCACCAUUCCGAGACAGGAGUGCACCCUAUUCAGGAGCCAUCUGGAAGACAGAACAAAGAGUCUCAACGAUUAGCCACCACAGUACCGUAGAGUAUGUAAGGAUUUACAUAUUCUCCACUGUAUCCAAAGUGUUCCAUUUCGUAACUCGCUGAUGACUCUGUUUUCGCCUGCCAGCGACCCUUGCGAGUUUGGCGUGGAUGCUCUUCAGAUGAAACUGUCAUGAUUCGCUACACAGUACGUGGCGCAGUUGGGUGGGCUGGGCAAAUGGGGAAGUUGCAGCCUGCAGGCGUAAACAAUCUCGAACUUCAGCCUCGUCCCACCCCUCACUCCGACAACACGUCGUGAGCUUUCUCACAUACUGUUCUCAGCACGAUCUAGUUGCUGGAGAACGCCGACUGGUAUUGUUUUGAGAGCAGAAAUGAUACAUCGCGGAUCCGCUAGCAAAAUGAUGCAAGUUGAAAGCUAUGGCGGCCAAGCUCGCGCUCCUUUCAGUAUCGACGUCGCGAUACCAUCCUAUCCGGCUUCAUAUCCUUCUACGAAACCACCACCGGCUCUCGAAAAUAUAGCAGCGGCACGAGCUAAAAAGCAUUAUCACAAUUGGGAAAACACAUUCAGGCGAGCUCAACAACAUCACCAUGAUGAAGAAUACAUCUUUGCAGAGCGAUACUAUCACAAAGCUGUACUUGAACACGAGCUCAUAUAUAACCUUGGCGGCGACCGUGAAGGAGUACUAGAGAUUGCAACAUAUCUAUGUGCUUCUCUGAACAGCCAGAAAAAGUAUACCGAAACGGUUCAGAUCGUGACCCAAUGGCUCGAGUGCGCAGAAAGUCAACAAAAAGACGAUGACGCUCUGGCUUUGAGAUUCCAUUGGGUCAUAGCUCUUUACGGUCAAAACGAUAUGAAUCAAGCAAGAGACGAAUUUAUGAAUUGGAAGUCUGCGAUUUUGGCUUGGCGAGGGAAGAACGACAAAAGGACUACGGAAGACCUUUAUGUAAUUGCAUAUACGCUGUUCAACAUCGGAGCAUUUAGUGAAGCUGAGUACAUGUUACGGGAUAUAGUGCCGAGCCUUGGGAAAUGGCCAGACGCAGGAGCAGACGCAUCUGCCUGGUACCAUUGCCUGAGUCUUCUCGGGGUGGUGUAUUGGCACACAAACGAGUUACAAGAUGCUGAAAAGGCAUUGAGAACUGCGGUCGCAAGACAAGAAGAGAAUACUCUUGGUUUGAGUCCUUGGGAUGUUUCCUAUACCGUCCUGUGGUUGACGUCAACCCUCGCAAGACAAAGCAAGUACGAAGACGCCAGGACUCUAUCCGAAUCAGUAACUCAGAACGUGGUCUCCGCCACUGACGAUACCAUAUUAACAAACCAUCGAGACAUUAUGGCGAAUGUUGAAGAUGCUAUACAAUCGUCGCAGUCAGUAACGAACGCCCGUUGGCAGCUAGAUACCAGUGGGACAGAAUUUGAAACCGUUCUCAAGGAGUAUACCUCGCAUAUCCUUCAAGAAAACAUACCGAGCAUUCCUUUCAACACAUUGAGCACCAGAAUGGAGCCUCUCGAGCGACUUGAUAUUUUUUUUCAUAGCCGAAGAGUCGGAUCCUACUCGUAUGCCGAAGUUGCCGAGAUUAGUCGGCUACUAGAGAUUUGCUCGAUUCCAGUGGCAGCCAAAGCGCCUCGAACAUACAUCGUUUUACGACAUAUGGAAUGCUUAGACAUGCUUGAGCGUCUGGUUGAUGCCGGUUUCUCAGACUACCGAUUUCCCGUGUCAGAAAACAACCUACCUGACAUAUUGUCAACUGCUCAGAAAGAGGGAUUUAACAGGCUUCAACGUCUUAUCCUAGAUCCUGCCAUGAGCCUUGAGCGAGCUGAAAAUGGUACGCAUCAAAUCAUUGCAGAUGAGGAAUCCGUCCCUUUUCGAAGACAAAAACUUCUUGGAAAGGGGGGUUUCGGGGAAGUUGACAAGGUCUUCAGUCUGAUCACUUUCAGAGAGUACGCACGUAAAUGUGUGUCUCGGCCCUCUGUAUUUCGAAAGAAAAGCAUCGAGUGUAUGCGACAACUCGAAGAGGAGAUACAGAUUCUCAAGCGUUUGAAGCAUCGGCACACUGUGAAGUACGUGGGCAGCUACACAAGUCCAGCUAACUUGGGCUUAAUAAUGACCCCCAUUGCGGAUCUAGACCUUGCUGAGUAUCUCCAAGUUGCUAAUGCUGGUCAUCACAUCGAGCUACGAACAUUCUUUGGAUGCCUGGCGAGCGGACUUGCCUAUCUCCACCAAUCAGGGAUCCGGCACAAGGACAUCAAACCGCGCAAUAUCCUGGUCCACCAUGGGAACAUUUUGUUUGCGGAUUUCGGGCUCUCGUUCGACUUUUCUGGCGCAGACGGCGAUACAACGGUCAGUAUGGUCAAUGGCAUGACGCCCCGAUAUUGCGCUGCAGAAGUCGCGGACUGCCGACCGAGGAACAAAUCUGCUGAUAUCUGGAGCUUGGGCGUGGUCUACCUCGAAAUGACCACCAUACUCGCAGGCAAGGACGUCGAGUUCAUGCGAAGGUUUCUUGAGACACAUGGAACAGAAGUAGAGCAUGUGCAGAAGAACGUAGAUGGACUCACUGACUACCUGAUCGAGCUUCACAAGCUAGUGCGUAAGCAAGACCAUUCGCCAUUGCUAUGGAUCGAGAACAUGCUCCAGAUGGACCCUCGGAAGCGACCACAUGCGGCUUCACUCGUGGAGACCAUACUGGACGCACGAGGAGAGUCAGGAGUUUCGGAUUUCUGCGGUAUGUGCUGUUCUGGAGAAAUUGAGACUGGGGGUUGAUCCAGACAAAAUGAUUGAGAUGGACGGGUCUGGUCGGAUGCUAGUGAUGAUAGCGAGGCGUUGGUCAGCCCAAAGGUUCUGGACCCUGCAUGGCAGACGAAUACGAACCACCAAAACGGCUACAAAAGCAUGCAG